CUUUAUCCUAGUGGACCUGACACUAUGGUGCAUAGUCAACCAUUACUACCGCUUCAUGUAAAAGUUUCGGUUGAUAUGCUUCUUCCAAGUGCAACAACAACACUUAGCAUACCUGUACCAACAAGUUUUCAUACAACAUUGGCAGAAAUUGUUGGAUCAUUUGCACAAUGGCCUUUACAUUUAGUCAAUAUUGAAGAGGAAGAAAUAAUCAAAAAUUCAGCAAUUAAGAAAAAUAAAGGCAAAAAGCAAAGCGAGGAACAAUGUGACAUGUCUGCUACUGGCGCACGACAUCCUUUUAUUGAUGAUGAUGGCUUGCAACCCUUGGGAAAAAGUGGCAAAUAUGCUCAUCAGCUAUGCAAGGACUUUGAAGUCAACUCAAUUGGGUUUAUGUGUCCAACGCAAUUUGUGAAAGGAAAUGUUGACUUAAAUGAGGAUGCUGUUACAGCAUACAUUGGGAAUACCAUGGUUACGCUGAAAGACAAGACAUUUAUCUUAGCACCAUACCAUCAAGCGAAUCAUUGGUUACUACUCUUGCUUCAUGCAAGUUCAAGAAUCGUAUACGUAUUAGAUCCAUUGAAUUGUAGGCGCAAAAUUGAAGUCAAACAAGCCGUGAAUAUGGCUUUUCGAACCUCUGCAAUUCAACGAGGGCAAAGGAUUAUGGGUAAUGCUAAUUGGAAAUAUGUGAAGUGUCCUCAACAACCCGGUAGUGAUGAAUGUGGAUACUACGUUAUGAGGUUCAUAUAUGAUAUAUGCACAAAAUUUCAUAACUACACUUCGUUAGAUGAGGCAUAUCAAGAUACAAAUGCUUAUUCUAAGGAUGAAAUAGAUGAGAUACGAAGGUUAUGGAUAUACAAUUUUGUAAAUGAGUGCAUAUAA